AUGGAUCUGAAGAUUAGCAUAGAGGCGCUGGCCGAAAAGGAGAUGGAGGAACGGAAGACAAUGCUAGACAAGACCGUCGCCCAAAGUAUCAGCGACUUCGAAGCCUCGGAGGAAUUCCGCUUGCUCAGUUCAGACCUCAUGCAAGAACGCCUGCUUCACCUUUGCCGGGAACAGAUGGCGGCCGCUGCUGCACUCAACCAUCCUACGCCUUCUGAGGAACAGAAGAUCAUCGACCAGCUAACCUUCCGGAACGCACAAACCCUAUCUGAUGCGGGGGAGGAUCUCAGCGACCCUUUCGUCCCUGCCAUCGCCAAGCUUGGGGCCAUGACCACCUUCUGGGCACUGCGAAGCAGUGGUGUGCUUGGGACACGAGUGGGGUAUAGCGGCCUCUCUUGCUAUUUGAAUGGGGAGACUCUCGAGCGCCAGGCCACGGUCUACUUUCUCGCCACGCAGGCUGGCAUGGUCACAACUAUAGGCCAGGAUGGUCUGCCCUACUUCGACACCCUCGACGUGCAUUACAAGAACGCGCAGCAGACGCUCAAAGCGCUUGACAUCAAGCACAAGGAUCCCUGCUGGGUGUCCAUGGAUGCGUUAUACCCCACGUCCGCGGAGCGACUCACUCUGAUCAUCCUGGCUGCUCUCGGCGGCACGAGUUGUGAUCACUGGACACCAUAUCAGCAACUGAUGGGUUGCUUCGGGGCGAGCCUCGUCGCCGAAUUCUUCGAGAGUGUUCUCAAUCCUUGGGAGCCGUCUAGGUCCACUUCACCCCCAGUCAUCACUCCAGUUACAGAGAGUAUGCAGGUUGCUGAGGACUAUCUGACUCAGCUGGCUUCCAGUCAGGAGGAGGCGCCCCUCCAUGCCCUGCACGACGCACGAGGCGAGUCCCAGCAAGCUUCGCAGGCUUCUGACUGCGACAAGCCUACUCUCUUCUGUACCACCGGUAAUGAUCACACUGCUAGCCACCGCCGUUGGAUUCCCAAGGGUUUGUUCGACACGGUCGCAAGCUGGUACAGCACCCUCAUGGGUCUCCCUUCUUCAGAGGCCGCUGAGUUCCUUCGCUCAGACAUCCCUAACCCGCUUCCCUCAUUGGUGACCGACGACCACAACGACCCAAUCGAUGUUGCUGCGCAACGCGAGGCUCUCUUCAAACGAACCCUCGACGCUGCUCUCGCCCAUGCAUCGGCCACCGAGCAGGAAGAACUACUCGCCGCCUUCGCCGAGUUCAAGAACAUUAAUUGA